AUCCGCCUCGCGCACAGGCAAAGGAGUGGCGGCGGGAACCUCUGAACGCGAAGUGCGGGACUGUCGCUGACCUUGGUGCUGAAAGCCACUGAACUGUCACUUUCCACCGAAAACAAGGAUCGGGAGCAACACUUUUGUAUUUUAUAAAAUAAAUAAAUAAUAAUAAUAAUAAAACACUUAUUUGAUCGUACAUUCGCUCGUUUUUUUAUUCGCUCGAUAUUUUGUUUACUCCGACCUUUUGUGUGCGUUUAUUCAUUUAUUCAAAUCUGAGAUGGCAUCGAAUGCCCUUAUCGCGCGCGGAGCGGUUUAUGAGUUUAUAAGUAUGAGCAGACAGGGCCAGACCACUCCUGAUAUCUCUCUAGUGUAGGUGUUUUGUUUUUUUCUAAAUCGCCCGCAGUUCGCUCUGAACACCGUCGUGAAUUUCCUUAUCCGUCUUACUGAUUCAUUGAUCCGCUGAGUAUCGGUCCGGUCUUUUCACACUGUGACAUGGUACUUUAACAUUAACGAAAAAAAGAGGGAUUAUCACUUUUGGACAUGGAUACUCCAAAGGAGCCUGGUUUCAAGCCCAGCAAAGAGGGGCUGAAACAACUAGCGGGGAAGACACUGGGGCACAUGCACAAGGUGAUGGAAAGGCGUCAAAAGACUGGCGAGACCAUUGAACUGACCGAGGAUGGACGACCUGCUCAGACCAAAGAGAAAAAGCCACCUUUGUGCGACUGCACGUGCUUUGGACUUCCGCGCCGAUACAUCAUCGCCAUCAUGAGCGGCCUCGGGUUCUGCAUCUCUUUCGGUAUUCGGUGCAAUUUAGGCGUGGCCAUAGUGAGCAUGGUUAACAACAGCACCAUACACCUGAACGGAAAGAUCAUCAUCAAAGAGAAGGCAAAGUUCAACUGGGACCCGGAAACAGUGGGAAUGAUUCAUGGAUCGUUUUUCUGGGGUUAUAUUGUGACACAAAUUCCCGGAGGAUACAUUUCCUCGAGACUGGCGGCAAACAGGGUCUUUGGCGCAGCUAUCAUCCUCACGUCGAUACUGAAUAUGUUCAUCCCCUCAGCUGCACGUGUACAUUAUGGUUGCGUCAUAUUCGUCAGGAUAUUACAAGGGCUUGUAGAGGGAGUGACCUACCCAGCUUGCCAUGGGAUCUGGAGUAAGUGGGCCCCUCCACUGGAAAGAAGUCGCCUGGCCACAACCUCCUUCUGUGGAUCCUAUGCUGGAGCUGUCAUUGCCAUGCCGCUAGCUGGGAUCCUUGUGCAGUACACUGGCUGGUCAUCUGUUUUCUACGUCUAUGGCUGUUUUGGGAUCGUAUGGUAUAUGUUCUGGAUCUUGGUGUCAUAUGAAAGCCCAGCUGAACACCCCACCAUCACAGAUGAAGAACGCUGCUACAUCGAGGAGAGUAUCGGAGAGUCCGCUAAGCUGCUAGGUCCUGCAGAAAAAUUCAAGACACCUUGGAGGAAAUUUUUCACAUCCAUGCCUGUCUAUGCAAUCAUUGUGGCCAACUUCUGCAGGAGUUGGACCUUCUACUUGCUGCUCAUCAGCCAGCCUGCAUACUUUGAGGAAGUGUUUGGCUUUGAAAUUAGCAAGGUUGGCAUGCUUUCAGCUCUGCCUCAUUUGGUGAUGACCAUUAUCGUGCCCAUUGGGGGACAGAUAGCUGAUUUCCUCCGUAGCAAAAACAUCCUGUCCACCACUACCGUUCGGAAGAUCAUGAACUGUGGAGGCUUUGGAAUGGAGGCCACUCUGUUGUUGGUUGUAGGUUUCUCCCACAGUAAAGGGGUAGCCAUUUCAUUCCUUGUGUUGGCUGUUGGCUUCAGUGGGUUUGCAAUAUCAGGGUUUAAUGUCAAUCAUUUAGACAUCGCUCCUCGCUAUGCCAGUAUUCUCAUGGGAAUCUCUAAUGGAGUGGGAACUCUGUCAGGAAUGGUGUGCCCUCUAAUUGUGGGUGCCAUGACCAAACACAAGACCCGAGAAGAGUGGCAGUACGUGUUUCUUAUCGCUUCACUGGUGCAUUAUGGUGGUGUAAUCUUCUACGGCAUCUUUGCCUCGGGGGAUAAGCAGCCGUGGGCGGAUCCGGAGCAGACCAGUGAGGAGAAGUGUGGUUUCAUUGACGAAGAUGAGCUGGCUGAGGAAACAGGGGACAUCACCCAGAGCUACGGUGCCCUGGGAGGUCCAGUCAAGACCUAUGGUGCCACCACACAGUUGAACGGAGGAUGGGCUGAAGGAUGGGAUAAACGAGAGGAGUAUGUACAGGAGGGUGUGGAGGAAGGGGGUUAUGGAUACAGGCAAGGUGGGAAUUAAUCCUAGACCUUGCAAAUACACACUCUAAGGCACACAGCUCUACACAUACAUCAACAUAAAUACAGCACAGUAUAAAAAUGUAUGCCCACACUAUAUAUUUUGUUGUGUUUGUGAGUUCGAAAAAAGAUGACCUAUUAACCUACUGUAUAAAAAAAAUAUUAAAUUGUUGUAAGUUUGCACAAAUUUAAAUGUUCAAAUAAAUUUGAAUUUAAAUGAGUAAAUCAUAAAGGAUAAAUUAUACAAAGCAGAUGUAACAUGUGACUUUAUUUCAAGUGCAAUCAUGUGUAAUAUUGUGAAACAGUUUUUCACAAUUAUUCUGAGCCUUGGCAGCAUAGAGAAGCCUGUAGUGUUAGUCAGGCAACUGGAUUCCAGAACCAAGGCUUAAAUAAUGAACCUGUCUGUAAUCAUUCAUGGAGAAAUUCUAACCAAACAACUUGUUUUCACUGUCUUUUCUUUCUGAUUGCACUAAGAGCUGUGUGAUGUCAUUUAACUGCACAACAAAAUGAGUUUGUUUAUACCUCAUUAUGUGUUACUUGUUUGUCGUACAAAUAAUGUUUCUGAGAGAUUAAAGAGGACUUUAGUAUUAGACACUGGAGAGAAAAGCACAGUUUUUAGAUGAUGAAAUAAAAGCAACAAAAGUGUUCCUCAAGCUCAACAAGUCAAGCAGUUUCAAUCACAUAUAUUUUCGGAAGGUGCUGUUCAAUGCAAUGUUUGCUGAGAUGUGCAAACAAAAUUUCAAUUGUUAUUUAUGGGGCUUGGUAAGGGUAAAAAAGGGGAAAUGUCAGACAAUUUAAAAUAUUUGGAAACAUUAUGGCAAGAGCUACACAAAGCAAAACCACAGUGUGUCAAGGCUAGCCAACUCUUUAAUUUCUUUCUUUUUUUUUCUCGUUUGUUUAUUCAUUUGUUUUCUUUCAAAUACUCACUCCAUGCCAUCUUGAGCUGUGAAUGUUAGUUAUGCAUGGGUCAAAACUGUUUUUGUUUUUACAAAAACUGGUCGUUUUCAUUUUUACUUGUCAAAGACUUAUUUUAGUUUCCUAAACUGUUACUGGUGUGUCAAUUCCUUUGCGCAAUUAACCAAAGGUAACCUGUAGUGUGGGCUUUUAGCUGGGAUGGGGGAAAAAUUUCCAUUAAGAAGACAAGGGAGACCUGUGAAAAGGGCUGAUAUAGUCCUAGCAGCAGGCAAUAACCAUAUUCAAUGUACAAAGCAAUAAAUCCUUGGUAACAGUUACUUAGUAGUCACUUCAUCUAAAAAUACGUAAUACAUUAGCACAUUUGACGGUAAUAAUUUUUGGUUUACAUGUUUUUGUGAUGACAAUUGAAAAAAAAUAUAUGAAAAGAUUAAACAAUUACUUACUGUUAAAAAAUAAUAUAUAAAUAUAUUUAGAUUUAGCAAGAGUCCAGCGCAACUCUCUUUACUAUGAAGAGCUUUUGUGCUGGGCCCACUCACCAGAAGAGAAUGAUUCUUAAGUGUCACCUGCAACUGGUUCCUGUGUGAAACUUACCAAGGUUCUCAGUCCCGCAAGUGGCCACACUUCUGUAGUUGUCCUGUAUGGUUGCUAGUGGUUGCUUUUUGAGAGUAUGCUGUUUAGCCUGAUAUCUUUUAUGUUAAUUAUUUAUUUAUUUUUUACUUCCCUUUCGUUUCUGGUCUGUAUUUUGUCUGUGGCAAAAAAAAAAAAAAAAAAGAAAAAAAAACCCCUCCCUUUUCCCUCUUUUUCCUUGUAUUUUCCUACAACUGUUGCAAUAUUCAGUGACAUAAGGAUUGUGUGUAAAGGUAUUCAGAAAUCUUCAAAAAUGACAGUAAUUUGUCUGAUGAUGUUGAGGUACCUUAUUCUUGUUCCCUGCCUAAGAGUGAAGUGUAAUUUUAUGACUUCUUUUGCUGUGUUACUGUAAAUGGAGAAGUAUUUUGACGUGAACUUGAAAUGCUCUAUAUAGCCUUUUUUUAUAUAAAAUAAUGACAAAAGUGUA